UUAUAGGGAAUUAAUGUGUACGGAUUAUUUUGUCUCCAAAUGACCUUUAGGUUCAAAGGAGAAGACCUCACCGAGAAGGCGACAGUGUCCCAUCAAAGUCUGGAAGACAAAACGAGAACUCGCCUUCCCGGGAAGGGAGAAGAGGACCAGGAUGCAGACAGUGACUUGCGAAGUGGUAGCAGUGAUGAAGAGGAGACGGUAGCCGAGGGAGUCCCAGAGAAACGCGGCGAGCCGAAGACUUCUGGGGCAGGCGAUGGGUCCCUUCGUGGUCGCCAAUUGAAGCAAAACCCAAGGGACUCCAGAUCUCCCAGCGAGGAAAGACCUCCACGUUCCCCUCCAGCGGAGAAGCGAGACCGCCGAAGGGACGAAGCUCCCCAGCAUGACGAAAGGAAUAGCCAGAGGAGACAUGGAAAGGACGAGCGAAGCCGGACCGAGGGCCAUCACAGGAGGCGAGAAGACCGAGAAGACAGACACAGGAGGAAGGACUGGGAGGAGGAAGAGGAGGAGGAAGAGAAGCGAGACCAGAGGAGAGGAAGAGACAAGAAGGAACAUCGGGCCAGAGAGAAAGACCGAGAUGGAGACAGGGAAAAAGGACGGGGAAGGGAGGCAGACCGAGACGAGAAGCUGAAACACGCAAGGAAACGCAACUCGGGCUCCGCGGCUCAAGAAGACCCCCAACCUGAAGGGGUGAACCUUCCCAGUCCGGACAAAUCCCCUGAGUUGACCCCAAAGGCUUCAGAAGAGAGCAAAGAGACCCCAGAGAAGCCGGCCGAGAAACUCAACAAAUUUGCUAAGCGCAGCAAUGAGGAGACGGUCUCGUCCGCCCGGGACCGUUACCUCUCUCGGCAAAUGGCCCGCGUCAGCACCAAACCCUACGUGGAAAAAGAGGAAGAUUAGGUGGUGGGAUUGCAGGAAGGACUUUGGUUGGGGAUCUCAGGGCCUUCCGAGCGGAGGGAAGACCGGGCUAUUUAUUUCAAAAGGUUCUGGAUGCGAGAAGCGAAAGGACCGAUUCUCGGAGAGAGCCGCCUUUCGUUUUAGCUCGGGAAUCUGCUGGGCUGGAGAGCUUUUGAGGCUUGGCCUGGGCCGAAAGACCCUCCGAGACGUUUCCUCAAGUUCCGCAAAUUUGAGGAAGGAACGCAUGCAGAGGAUACAAGAUCAGGGAUAAUCUUGGUUUGUUUGUUUUUGUUUGUUUUGUUUUAAAUGCAGUUGUCAAAAGAUUAGUUGGA